AUGCAAAUACUACACUUUGAUAUCAAACCUCACAACAUUCUUUUAGAUAAGAAUUUCACUCCGAAAGUUUCUGAUUUUGGACUCGCGAAACUAUAUCCCAUUGGUCAUAGUACAGUUUCAAUGACUGCUGCAAGAGGAACUUUGGGAUACAUGGCGCCUGAGUUGUUCUACAAAAAUAUCGGUGGUAUAUCUUUUAAAGCGGAUGUCUAUAGCUUUGGGAUGUUGCUUAUGGAAAUGGCGAGUAAAAGGAAAAAUGUAAAUGCCAAUGCAGAACACUCAAGCCAAAUUUACUUUCCGCUUUGGGUGUAUGACCAAGUUAAUGGAGGAGAAGGUGUUGAAAUGGAAGGAGUUGUAGAAGAGGAAAGGGAGGUGAUAAAAAAGAUGAUAAUAGUUGCACUUUGGUGUAUACAGUUAAUCCCUGACCAUCGGCCGCCAAUGAACAAAGUCUUAGAAAUGCUUGAAGGAGAUAUUAGUAAUGUCCAUAUGCCUCCAAAACCUCUUAUCUACCCACCAGAUGAGCCAGUUGAUGAAGACAAAGCCGAGUUGGAAUUAGAAACAUUCUCUAUUUCAUCGAGCACUCCCAUAAUUUCCACUAGUUUUCCAUUUGGAGAUAGCAACGAUGUCUAGAGCCGUGCACUGUUUAAUUGGAAAAGCUUUGGUCCCCACAAUAUAGUAUUAUAUUGGGUGGGAGGUGAGCCAGUUUAGUUUGCCAGUGAUUACAUUUUGUCUUCUUCUAGCUCUUAGGUUACUGUUGUAUUAUUGUACUUUUUUUUAAUGGUCGGAGUGUUAUUGUACUUCAUAUAUAGUUUCACCAUGUGUGAUCCAUACAAUCUUCUAAAUGUGAUGUAUGUUUAAGUUUAUAACCUUGUUUGGGAAGCGUAUUCUAUAUGGUCAUCCAAUGUGAAUUUUUGCUAA